UAGCGCAAAUUCUCUACAUAUAUGCACUGAUGAUAAGUUACGUUUGUCUGUUCUGCACACUUGGAACGGAACUCACGCUGCAGGCUGAAAUGGUGAGAGACGCUGCCUGGGGGUGCAACUGGGUGGGAACUCCUGUCCCAUUUCAGCGCAGUCUGGCCUUCAUCAUCGCCACAGCCAACAAGGAGUUCACACUCACAGCCGGGAAAUUUGUUCCCGUGUCCAACUCGACCAUGAUGAGUAUAGUGAACCAGUCAGUCUCCCUCUUCAUGUUUCUACUCACCAUGAAGGACAAGAGUGAAGAAACUGUCACGGAGUAG